AAUAACGAAACGUCAGACACAAAGAAACGUCAAAUUGAGUUUGUAAACAAAAAGAAAAAAAAUUCUCUCUACAAACACAUCUGAAAGUCAAUUAUAAACAUUUAAUCGCAAUGUUUCGUCUAUGUCGUCUCUGCGCAAAGUACACGGAACCAACAGAAUUAAUCACUCUAAUAUCUGAAUUAGAAUUCAAGUUGACACUGUGUUGUGGAUGGAAGCAAUCAGAAAAUGAACUGCAAUUCCCAAAAAAUGCAUGCAAUUCAUGUGUGGGCCAACUACAACAAAGCUGGAGUUUUGCCGAAAGAGUAUGUGAGGCCGAGCGACAGCUGAAUAAAAUUGCGAGUGAACUAAAUUCAACAAAUGCAGACGAACCGCAGCUACACAUUGAAGAGGUAACCUCAAUGGAAAUAAAAUUGGAACCAGAUAUUUGUUCAACUGAACUGGAAGUGCUUGAGCCGAAUUUCGAUGUUACGGCAUUCGAUUGUCCUGUUAUUGAAUCGGAUGCGGAAAGUUCGCAUUCAAACAAAAGUACAAGAAAACAGAAGAAAUCGUCUAAAAGGGUUACCGAGAAUUUACAACCGAAAUCAGACCCAUUCCUUGCUGCGUUAGCGGAAAAAGACUGUCUCGCCGAUGGUACAAUCAGUGUAAAUGGCGUUGCCAAACUUGAGAAAUUGUUUCCCGAAAUGAAAACCAUGACGUGGAACAGUUGCCAGUACAAAUGCGAAAAAUGCAAUCGAUCAUUCAAAAGCCCACAGAAUUUUUUCGCUCACAAUCGUUCGCUUCACUUGGAAGCAGUACCAACGAUGACAUUCUCUUGUUUCUAUUGUGACUCCAAACAUAGGCGGGAAUAUAAUCUCACUCGACAUAUUGCAGGAGAACACUUUCCACAUCUGAAAUUCAGCUGUUUCUAUUGCAGCGAUUACUUUUGGGAUGAUGCUGAGCUGAUCAAACAUCGUAAUAUGCACAAGGAUGUGAAAUACCAGUGUGAACUGUGCGACCAAUUGUUUUACAAUCGCGACAUCUUGUAUUCACACAUCGCACAGUCACAUCUGAAGAAGAAGUGGGGCGACCCAGAAUCGACGAAAUACACAUGCGAGAUAUGCAACAAAGAUUUCGCCACGAAAUGGAGCAUCAAGAGUCAUAUGCUGCAGCAUACCAAGAAAUUCGAUUUCGUAUGCGAUCAAUGCGGUUGGAAAUUUCUUACUAAAGGGAAUCUUAAAGGCCAUUUGGAGACAACGCACACCAAUGAAAAACCGUUUGCCUGUACAAAAUGUGAUGGGAGAUUCAAGACAAAGCAUCAACUAGCAAAUCAUUCGAAACGUCACGAGGAAUUCAAGCCACUGGAGUGUACGAUAUGCGAUAAAAGAUUUCGGCAAAUGUAUAAUUUGACCGUGCACAUGCGAUCUCACAACAACAUCUGUCCGUAUACUUGUAAAUAUUGCGAUAGGAAAUUCAGACACACGAGCUCGUUGAAAACUCAUGAGCGAACUCACACAUCGGAAAAACCAUACGCCUGCAAUCACUGCGACUACAAAAGCACCAAUUGGCCAAAUUUAAACAAACACUCAUUGCGAAUUCAUUCCAUCGAUUUAAGAACAAAAAAGGAUUCCUAAUUUCCAUUAAUCAAAACGGAGUUGUUUCAUCGCUGAACAGAAUUGGCAAAGCAAUCACAUUUAUUUCAUUUCAUUUCAAUUGUUUUGAAUUAGAGAGAUAUUUUGGGACAAAAUCCAUUUCCCAUAUCGUCAUUGACAUUUGUUGCCAUCUUUCUUUCUAAGGUGCUUCUAUAGGCUGUAGAAAAAUUAUAUUUAAUUUCCAAGAUACAAUAAAAUUCACAAUAAUGUAGAAGAAAAGUAAAUUUUCCAAAUAGAAUCAAUUGUCUGCGUAACACACAAUAUUUCCCUGUAUUUAUUUGUUACAUUGUUUCAAAUUCUGUACCACAAGCAGCUACAACACACUGUGUUGAACACAGCUGUCAUUGAAAUGUCACUUUAAACGUCAAAUCUAAUUCGUAAACAAAAAAAUAUUCUUCUUCGAACAGUUCAGUAAAUAUGGAAUUAAAAUAAAGGAAUAAAUUGAAAGAAA